UUGCCAUCCACCCUCAGAGGUGUUACUACUGCCUCCCUGACCAUUAACAUGUCCUUCAUCGUCCUUCCUUCGGAGCUUGUCACCGAAAUCUGUGGAUACCUAAAAUUAGCCGACUGGUGCGCCCUUCGGCUUACCUGCCGGACAUUCUACCUCCGCUCGUCGGAGGCCUUCGUGAACUUCAACUUCCAGACCAUUUGUGUAUUGAUUACAAGUGAAGGGCUGAGCCGCCUAGCAGCAAUUGCUGCUGACGAGAACAUUCGAACACGAGUAAAGGAUCUCUGGAUCGUCCCGACCCUCUUUGAGGGUUCGCUUGAGAAAAAAUACUUACCAGUGGGCAACACACCUCCCCCACUACGGGACCAUUCUUUCCCAUUGAGUCUAUACGCGAGGGGAUCGAGGGCCGGUGCUGAGCGCUUUAACCGUUUCACCGUCUACCAGGCAAUUGUCGCGGAUCAUUGUCACGUAUUGAGCACGAGGACCUUUGGGAGUGUCCUUCGUCGGUCACUCGCCUGCUUCAAGAAUCUGGACGGUAUCGGGCUGCGAUCCUGUCCCACGUGGGUCUUACUCGAUGCGGCCCAGCCGGCGGAUUUUCCUUGCUUAGGGGUACGCCAGCUUCGGCGUCAGAUCCCCUGCCACGGUAUAAUAGCUCCCUCUGUGUACCUUUGGCACGAGAAGACAAAAAUGGGAGAUAAAAAUGCAAGUGUUUUCUCCACCGUGGUAAACGCUAUUGUUACCGCACAGCGAGAGCUCCGGAGACUGAAGACGUGCGAUCGUCGCCACUGCGGCGUGGCGGCACAGGAUCUGACAACCUUGACGAUGACACCAGAGUACAAGCGAUUUUUGCCUCUUUUACAGAAUCUGGAGACCCUCCAUCUUUGCUUUUGUGGCACGGACCAAGCGCCCACGGACUAUUGUGAAGAGGAUUGUCUGCGGGGUACACUAGAAAUGGUGGUGGCCGCCGCACCCAGCUUGCGAACCCUCGACUUGUCGUUCUGCUACGAGCAGGACAAGCGCCUAUCGAGUCAGAUAUUCUCCCAGCUCGCACCGCGCGUGCACUUCACACAGCUUCGGAAUCUGGACUUGCACAGCGUCGAUACUACCCACAGUGACCUGCAAGCGUUCCUCCGUCCCGCUGCCACUACCUUGCAGCGGCUUACAUUAUCUUCUGUAAAUUUAGUCGAAGCCAUCAGCCGGCUCUCUACCUUGAAUGCUGAGCCUCACUCUGCCGAGAAGCAGCAGUGGAUCCUUGAUUGCAGGGCAGAGAUCGCGCGCCGGUGGCGGGCAGUCUGGGCGAGUCUUCACGACGAUAUGCCCUCGCUUCGGUACCUGUGUAUGGAUGACCUAUUGUUCCAUGGCUAUAAAAUCCACUUGAGCGAUCCUCUGAGCGCGAUCAGUGGUGUGACAUUUCCUACGCGACGCACGUUGAAACCGCGAGUACCGCCGACAAACUCUUUAAGGGCUGUCGCCUUCGAGGCCGACCACGCGCAAGUUCCGCUAGGCAAAUGGAUCCGCGGGCUGGACGCUCACCCGAGCGAGCCCGCAAGCAGUAAGUUAUUUUCCUGCCACAAGAGCGGUUUAUUGCUGGGGCCCCAUUCAUCCUUGCCCGGGUCUGAUUCUCGGUGACCGUGCGACCUGAGAACAGAACUGACGCUGUUGCAGACUACUUCCGGCUGCCCUGGCGGCGGGAAUCAAGUUAAAAAUUCAUAACUUACUCGUUGGGUUCAUUGGUGAAUCGAUGAUGUGGAGGUGGAGCGGUUCUGCCAAGGACUCUUAUCUUAUAACCUGAGACAGAGUGAAAGCUACUAUGUAUUUACGAAGUUUGACCAAGAAGUUCUAGGGAAAUAUCAUUCACCUGGAUAGAUAUAGUAGUUAGGCUGUUGA